UCCGGCUCCGAAGUUCGUUGGCCCACAAUCCUUAGCUUCUUCCGUCUCCGUUAAGCUCCUGUCUGUUCUUCCGGUGGCGAUGGCUGCGGCCCCGUCUGGAAUGCUGCGAGGGGCUCUCCUGCCCCAGGCGGGCCGGCUGCCCACCCUCCAGACUGUCCGCUAUGGUUCAAAGGCUGUAACCCGCCACCGUCGUGUCAUGCACUUUGAACGUCAGAAGCUGAUGGCUGUGACUGAGUAUAUUCCCCCUAAACCUGCCAUCAACCCAAGGUGCCUGCCACCUCCUCCCAGGCCUCCCAAGGAGGAAACAGGCCUCAUCCGGCUCCUCCGUCGGGAGAUAGCAGCAGUUUUCCGAGACAACCGGAUGAUAGCCAUCUGCCAAAAUGUGGCCCUGAGUGCAGAGGACAAACUUGCCAUGCGGCACCAACUACGGAAGCAUAAGAUCUUGAUGAAGGUCUUCCCCAAUCAGGUCCUGAAGCCUUUUCUGGAAGAUUCCAAGUAUCAAAACCUGUUGCCCCUUUUUGUGGGACACAACAUGCUGCUGGUCAGUGAAGAGCCCAAGGUCAAGGAGAUGGUGCGCAUCUUAAAGGGUGUGCCUUUCCUGCCACUGCUAGGUGGCUGCAUUGAUGACACCAUUCUCAGCAGGCAGGGCUUCAUCAACUAUUCCAAGCUGCCCAGUGUGUCUCUGCUGCAAGGAGAGCUGGUAGGAGGGCUCACCCUCCUCAUGGCCCAGACCCACUCCCUGCUUCAGCACCAGUCCAUCCAGCUGACUGCCCUGUUGGAUCAGUACAUCAGACAACAGCACGAGGGGGACUCUGUCAUGUUGGCCAGUGGGAAGCCAGAUCCUCCUGACCCUGUCCCAGACUCCUGACCAGCCUGUUUGGCCGGCCAUGCCCAUAAAUAUACUCUGCCCCUAUUAACUGUGCUGUCUUCUGUCAGAGUUGUGGAAGAAUUUGGAGUAGGAAAGUGUCAUGUGUAACUUGACUUCUAUUAACAAAGACCUCCUUGGGGGCAGGGCCACUUGGAAAUACAGAGGAGUUCCAUUUCAGAAUGGAGGCUGCUAAUCACUGUCUUUGUCCUUAGUUUUCCCAAAUUGGGAUCUGACAGUGCAAAGCUUAUCAGUUCUCCAGGUAUAAGGCAAAGAACCAGGAGGGAUGGGGAUCUUGCCUCUGCUUCCUUACUCACUGUCCUUUGCUACACACAUCUCUACAGCCUGCCACAAUAGCUCAACUAAGUACACACUGUACAUGUAUCAGUUUAUUUGUUCCUCACCAGGUUGUUCCCAUUUCACAGAGAAGAUGAAGAGUCAGAGAAGUUAAAUGGUCUGCGCCAGGUCAUAUAGUUAGUAAGUGGCAGAACAGGGGUUUGAACCAGACUCUGCUCUGAUGACCUCACCCAGAAUUUUGACACAAGAACUUUCUUGCUAGGUUCCCAGAGGUGGGGUGGGGUGAGCUCUGAUGUUAAUACUCCACCUUGUGCCAUGUUGUAGAGGCUGGAGCACUGCUUGUGAUAAAACGAAGCGUAUUUUAUGUACUCUCUGGUUUUUUUUGAGGAGGUGGGUACUGGGAAUUGAACUCAGGGACACACUACCACUGAGCCACAUCCCCAGCCCUAUUUCAUAUUUUAUAUAGAAUCAAGGUCUCACUGAGUUGCUUAGUGCCUUGCUUUUGUUGAGGCUGUCUUUGAACUCUUAAUCCUUCUGUCUCAGCCUCCUGAGCCACUGGGAUUACAGGCAUGUGCCACCACGCCCAGCUUUUUCACUGUUUGCAGUUAUUUUCAGGGUCGUCUGUAUCAUCUCUGACUCUCUUCACUUUCCUUGCUAGAAGAUCUUUCCUCUUCCCUUCUAUCUGUCCCCACAAAUGGCAUCUCUUCCAUGCUUGUCCUUUUGAAGGCAGCUGACAGAUGUGUCCAGUAGUUAACAUUCUCAAGUGGUUCUGCACAAAAGGACUGGGGCAGCUGGAUUCUGUGUUAACAAGGGGUUCUGGGGACUCUAGCAGGCCUCUGCCAGUCUUGGGGAACCAGCAGUUCCUAAUAAAAAAUCUAAAAUGCUUAACUAGUGGCCCAU